AGGAAGUAGCGGCGCGCGGACACCACAUGCACUUGUGUCGGAUGACGAUGAUCGAUGAAACUAUACACGACGGAAAAUAUCAUUUAGAUCGGCGACGCUCCCCAAUAUUCAGCGAAGUGGUGGCGAGUAUAAAACCAUAAGCGUCUCUCACAGUCCUACACACAACCGCACGCACCUGCCAACCAUGAGGAGAGCGUUAGUGAUACUGUCUGUGGUGGCGGCCGUAGUGGGCGAGGCCCCGUACAACCUGCAGCGGCCAGGCCCACAGGCGCCGGCGUUCCACUACCCGGGUGGGCCCGCGCCGCAGCCGCCUCCGCCUCACGUUCACUACCCUGCGCCCGCUCCUGCACCACAGUUCCCGCCCCAGCAGCAGUUCUCACCUAAUAACGGUUACAACUACCCUGCUCCGAGCCCGAUCUACCACCAGCCCGCCCCACAUCCUGCUCCGCAACCACACUACCCAGCCCCCCAGCCUCCUCCUCCGCAGCACCACCAUCACCACCACCACCCAGCACCUCCACCAGCGCCUUUACCUCAACCACAGCCUCUGCCAGUGAUCUCUCCUCAGCCACAACCUAUUUAUCAACAGCCUAGUCCCUCAUACGGUGUACCUCAGGCAUACGCGCCGCGCGCACCUGCUCCCGCGCCGGCACCGGUGUACCAGCAGCCCGCUAUCCAGCCCCAGCCUCUACCAUUACCACAAGUACAGCCCCAGCCUCAACCUCAACCCCAAGCUCAAUUGAACACAAUCAAUCAAGUGUACCAGCCCAUCGCAUACUAUCCGCAGCAGCAACAGCAGCAGCAGCAAUACCCUCAACAGGGAGGAUACAACUACCAACAACCGCAGCCACAGUUCCAGGCACAGGCUCAGCCACAGUUCCAGGCACAGGCUCAGCCACAGUUCCAGGCCCAGCCCCUGAUCAGCCAGGCACCCGCACCUGUUCUCUCCAGCUACCAAGCGGACUCUAACCAGUACGCAAGUCAAACCCACCGAGACGCGCUGGACUCGGUCGUCGUCAGCCGCUUACAGGAUAUCAUCAAGAACGAUGAGCACAGCGUUGCACAGAAUGCCGGCUACCUGUCCUUAGUGUCGGGCGUGUCGUUGGAACAAGCCAAACCGAGUGUGGAGGUAUCUUCGUUCGUGCAGUCGUCUCCCCUCAGCACGGGCUCCAGCUCCGCCGCGUCGGCAUCCAGUGCUUCCUUGUCCCAGCAGACAUCGAGCCCUUCCUCUGACUACGGCUUGCCUUCCCUGCCUGCGCCUGCGCCCGCCGCUAGCUCGCAGUCCGCCGAGUCCGUAUCAGGCUUUAAUUUCUUGCCGCAGAACAAGCCGAGCCUAGCAUACGGACCACCCAACUAAUUUAUAUUAAGUACUUUAGGAAUUGUAAAUGACGAAAUGUACAGUAUAUAUUGUAAAUAGCAAACUUUUAUAGACUUUUAUAAAUAAAACACGAAGUAUUAAAUGUUAUGUUAUUUU